UAUUUAUUUAAGAAAAUAUGAAACAUGUCUGCUUCAUGCUUAUACCACAACACAACUUGUAAUUUCCAUGGUGUCUCUCUUCUCCACACCUUACUAUAUACCUUUUGUGAUUCUUUCCAGCGAAUUUCCAGCUUCCAUGAUCAAAGAAACAUUUAAUCUUCCUUUUUGGCAAAAUAAUCAUUUCUCUAAAUUCAUCUCAAACUUGUCUUGCCUUUUAUCUUUGGUUUGGUGGGUUCCUCAUUGACCAUGAUGCCAGCUGAAGCUUCCAAGGAUAAUAACCAAGGUGUUUCCACCAUUCAAAAUAAAGAUGAUAUCUCAAUUCAUAAGGGUGCGGCAUCAUCUGAAAUAACUGAGGAACUACCAAGUGGACAACAAAGAACAAAGCAAAACCUUAGCAUAGAGACACCAAAAAAAAUUCAAGAAGAAGCAAAAGAAGAUUUUUUGAGAAUAAACAUACCUCUAACUCUAACUCCAUCGCCAAGAAGAGUAAUAUUUUCACCUUGUACAAGUCCUGUUUUCAUUGAAACCAAUGAAUCCCCUGGUCCUUCUAGUUCUAAAAAUAGAUCAACUCUUAAAGCUCUUAUUCCUAAACUAAGUUUCAAAUUUAAGAACACAACUUCUGAGAUUGAAAAAGCUGCUUUCCUUGCACUUGAAGGUUCGUCCAAUGUGCCACAGAAAAAGCCUUUUCUUUCGAGGACACUGUCUCGAAUCAAACCUCGAGGGAGGAAAACAUCUUCUUUACCUGUAUCACCGGUUCCCCAUUCAAAUCCAGUGUCUGUACAUGGAGAAAAAGCUUAUCCAGCAAUGGCUAAUGAGAAAGAACUGCAAUUACCUAUUCAUCGUUCGCGAUCUGUUCCUGCAUUUACCGAGGAAGAUACUCCUGUAGGCGGCAUGUUUCGUAUAUUUCGAACCAUACCCCAAUUGAAUGAGAAAAUCACCACCGCAGCAAUAUCUGCAGCAUCUCCACCUGGUGAAACAGUUGAAACUGAGAAUGGAGGUGAAGAUAUUCCUGAAGAAGAAGCUGUAUGUAGAAUUUGUAUGGUUGAAUUGGGAGAAGGUGGUGAUACUUUUAAAUUGGAGUGUAGCUGCAAAGGUGAGCUUUCAUUAGCACAUAGAGAAUGUGCAGUUAAAUGGUUUGGAAUUAAAGGUAAUAGGACAUGUGAUGUUUGCAAACAAGAAGUUCAAAACUUACCUGUCACUCUUUUAAGACUUUACCAACCUAACUUGCAACUCAGCAGAGGUCAGCAAGCUGAUGAAAUUUCUCAAUACAGGGUUUGGCAGGAUGCUCCUAUUCUUGUCAUUGUUAACAUGUUGGCUUACUUUUGUUUUCUUGAGCAGCUUCUUAUUUCAAGUAUGGGAUCAAGUGCUAUUGCCAUGUCCCUCCCAUUUUCUUGUAUACUUGGCCUUCUUGCAAGCAUGACAGCUACAACCAUGGUGAGGAGAAAUCAUGUUUGGAUUUAUGGAACCGUGCAGCUUGGUCUUGUGGUUGUUGAUGGACAUCUUCUCUACUCAGUUGCUCAUAUGGAAGCUGUUUUGGCUAUACUACUAGCUACAUUUGCUGGAUUUGGAACUGUAAUGUGUGGAACAUCUAUUCUUAUGGAGAUUUUGAAGUGGAGGAGACGACGGCUCGCUCAGUCGAACUCGAAUCAACAGAACGGCGGUUAUCAGGACGCGGUUGUGUCUGAUCAAUCAUCUGCAGCCACUCAUCAAACUCAAAUUGAUUCUCAACAUACUGAGAGUAAUGUAGGAAUCUCCUAGACAAAUGAGCUGACAAAAUAUAUUUUUAUAUUUUUCUUUUUGAAUGCUGGCAUCAUUAAGGUGUGUGACUAACAAAAUGUUCAUAUUGUAUAGACAACUUUGAGCACUUUACAUUCUUGUAUAACAUUUGUACAUUUAGGAACAGAAAUUUAUCAUGUGUGCAGUCUCUCAUCAGAAAGAAUGAAAACAAAGUUGAUUGUGAAAGAAUGAAAUCUAUGAACAGAUCCUAUUGUGAAAUUAGAUAUUAAAAUUU